CCAUCUAGUUUCAGUUUGCUUUUGUACGCCAGUCGAUUUGGUACGUUUGAAACGGACGUGGUCGCGACGUUAAUAUAAAUACUUACAUAUAAUUGUAGCAACUCUCAAAGAGACUUCUUCACUUUUUAUUUGAAAGCAAAAAACACUUAGCGCAAAUAUGUCAUACCACAAGCCAGAAGCCAAAGCUAUUCAGGAGCUUAAAGACAUCGCUCAACGUUUGCGUAUCCAUUCAAUUACGUCAACACAGGCAUCUAAAUCGGGUCAUCCAACAUCAUGCGCCUCCAUUGCCGAAAUUAUGUCGGUGUUGUUCUUCAAUACCUUGCGUUUGAAUUUAAAAUUCCCACGUGAUCCCUCGAGUGAUCGCUUCGUAUUGUCGAAGGGACAUUCGGCACCCAUUCUAUACGCCGCCUGGGCUGAGGCUGGACUCUUCCCCAUUGAAGAUUUGCAGAAUUUGCGCAAGAUAGAUAGUGAUCUUGAGGGACAUCCAACACCACGUUUGAAUUUCAUCGAUGUCGGUACUGGCUCGUUGGGUCAAGGUGUCGCUGUAGCUGCUGGUAUGGCCUACGUAGGCAAGAACUACGACAAGGCUGACUACAGAACAUACGUUGUGGUCGGUGAUGGUGAAUCUGCUGAAGGUUCAAUUUGGGAAUCAUUGCACUUUGCUGGUCACUACAAAUUGGAUAACUUGUGUGUUAUAUUCGAUGUGAACCGUUUGGGUCAAUCUGAGCCAACCUCAUUGCAACAUCAAAUGGAAGUUUAUCGCAAGCGUUUGGAUGCUUUCGGUUUCCACGCCUUGGUUGUCGAUGGACAUGAUGUUGAAGAAUUGUGCAAAGCUUUCCAUGAAGCUUCCAUUACCAAGAACAAGCCCACUGCCAUUAUCGCAAAAACGUACAAGGGUAAAUUCUUCCCAAAUAUCGAGGAUUUGGAGAACUGGCAUGGUAAGCCAUUGGGCGAUAAAGCCAACGAAGUUAUCAAACACUUGGAGGGCUUGAUAGUUGGCGCUGCAGCUGGUCCAGCCAAUCCACCCAAGAGUCCAUCUAAAUUGAAACAAGCACCUGCUGUAGAUAUAUCCAAUGUGAAAUUGUCAUCACCACCAAGCUACAAGUUGGGUGAGCAAGUUGCUACACGUCUUGCUUACGGUACUGCCUUGGCUAAGAUUGCACAAAAUAAUGACCGUGUCAUCGCUUUGGAUGGUGAUACCAAGAACUCCACCUUCUCCGACAAGCUGAAGAAGGUAUUCCCCGAACGUUAUAUUGAGUGCUUCAUCGCCGAACAGAAUCUCGUGGGUGUCGCUAUUGGUGCUGCCUGCCGUGAUCGUACAAUUGCUUUCGUUUCCACUUUCGCCACCUUCUUCACACGCGCCUUUGAUCAAAUUCGCAUGGGUGCCAUUUCUCAGACAAAUGUCAACUUUGUUGGCUCUCACUGUGGUGUGAGUAUCGGUGAGGAUGGUCCCUCUCAAAUGGGUCUGGAAGAUAUCGCUAUGUUCCGUGCCAUCCCCGGCAGUACCGUGUUCUAUCCCUCCGACGCUGUGAGCUGUGAACGCGCCGUUGAAUUGGCCGCCAAUACAAAAGGUGUUUGCUUCAUCCGUACAUCCCGCCCCAACACCGCUGUCAUUUAUGGCAACGAUGAUGUGCUCACAAUCGGCAAAGGUAAAGUAGUGAAGCAAUCACCAAACGAUCAAGUGCUGUUGAUCGGCGCCGGUAUCACCCUCUACGAAUGCCUCAACGCUGCCGCUGAGCUCGAAAAGACUGGCGUACAUGCACGUGUUAUCGAUCCAUUCACCAUUAAGCCUUUGGAUGCUGAGCUUAUCAUUGAGAAUGGACGCGCCGUCGGCGGUCGCGUUGUUGUCGUUGAGGAUCACUACCAGCAAGGUGGUUUGGGUGAGGCCGUCUUGAGUGUGUUGGCUGAACAGCGUGACUUUGUGGUUAAGCACCUGUAUGUACCGAAUGUGCCACGUUCCGGUCCACCAAAUGUGCUCAUCGAUAUGUUCGGUAUUUCUGCCCGUCACGUCGUUAACGCUGUUGCAGCUGUACUCAAGUUGUAAGCGACUCUUGGUGGAAUUCUGCAAACUCACCAAAAUCUAAAAACUAUGAAAGUUUCUGAAUGAUUUAUCUAUAUAUAAUAUUAUAUUUCGUUUAUUUUACUACCAUUUGUAGUAAAUGUUGUGAGAAAAGAAAAUGCGAAAAAUUUUGUGAAUGAAUUGAUUUUUUUGUGACCUAUGAAUUUGUAUUAUGCUUAAGAAUUAUCUGCAUAUUUACGUAAAACUCUUUUUAUCUAUUCUUUUUGUAAUGGUUUCAAUAGAUACUUAAUAAAAUGAGAUACACUUAAAAGUGA